AUGUCAUCAAAUAAUAAACCUGUCGAUCCAAAAUUACAACAACUUUUUCCUUUACCGAGUAAUUUACGUGCUAAUGUUAGAAAAACUGAUGUUGUUAUACAAGCACAUCGUACUGAACAAGAUUAUUUUGAUUCUGAUGAUCUUGAUGAUGAGACAUACAACAAAACAAAAACAACUAACAAUAGAAAAUUGAAUGAUGAUUUAGAUUAUCAACCAGCACCAGGUAGUCCUAGUUAUCAAGCAGAACAGAAAGACGAAGAAGAUGAUGAUGAAGAUGAAGAUGAAGAUCCACUUGAACAAUUUAUGAAAACAAAUAAUAAUCAAGCAAAAAGAGAUUUAGAAUCUAUAGGAAAGAAAAAAGAAAAGAAACAAGAAAAAGGAACACGUGAUGAUAUUGAAAAAGAAGAUGAUCAAGAAUCAUAUUUUCGUUGGCUUGAAGAAAAUCCAAAUGCUGGUGUACCAAUAGCAGAUGAUGAUGAUGAAGAUCGAGAAUUACAAUAUGAUGAUGAUGGUAAUUUAAUUGCUCCUGAAAUAUCUAAACAUAUCGAUCCUCUUCCACCUAUUGAUCAUUCUACAAUUCAAUAUUCACCAUUUGAAAAGAAUUUUUAUGUUGAACAUGAAGAUAUUCGUAAUCUAUCAAAUCAACAAGUCAAUGAAUUAAGAAAUAAACUUGGUGUUAAUGUUCGUGGUUUAAAUGUUCCUCGUCCAGUCGUUAGUUUUGCUCAUUUUGGUUUUGAUGAACGUUUAAUGAAAACACUUCGUAAAUCGGAAUUUACCACACCAACACCUAUUCAAACACAAGCUAUUCCAAGUGCUUUGAGUGGACGUGAUAUUAUUGGUAUAGCUAAAACAGGUAGUGGAAAAACUGGUGCAUUUAUUUGGCCAGCUAUUGUUCAUAUUAUGGCUCAAGAACAAAUUCAAGUUGAUGAUGGUCCUAUUGUUUUAAUUUGCGCUCCUACACGUGAAUUAGCUCAACAAAUUCAUCUUGAAUGUAAAAAAUAUGGAAAACCAUAUAAUAUUAAUUCCGUAUGUGCAUUUGGUGGUGGAAAUAUGCAUGAACAAAUAAUGGCUUGUAAAGAAGGAUGUGAAAUACUUGUUUGUACACCUGGUCGUCUUAUUGAUUUAGUUAAGAAAAAAGGUACAAAUUUACAACGUGUUACAUAUUUAGUUUUUGAUGAAGCUGAUCGAAUGUUUGAUAUGGGUUUUGAACCUCAAGUUCGUUCAAUUGCUGAUCAUAUACGUCCUGAUCGACAAUGUUUAUUAUUUAGUGCAACAUUUAAAAAAAAAGUCGAAAAAUUAGCACGAGAUAUUCUUACUGAUCCUGUUCGAAUUGUUCAAGGUGAAGUUGGUGAAGCUAAUCAAGAUAUUCUUCAAUUAGUUCAUAUGGUUCAAAAUGGUCCAAGUAAAUGGACAUGGCUUUUAUCUAAACUUGUUGAAUUUACUGUGUUAGGAAAAGUUCUAAUAUUUGUUACACGUAAAGAUAAUUGUGCCGAAUUAGCGAAAAAUCUUAAAGAGAGUGGCUUUACUGCUGGUCUUAUUCAUGGUGAUAUGGCACAAUAUGAUCGUACACAAGUUAUCAAUGAAUUUAAAAAACGUGAUAUACCAAUUUUAGUUGCUACAGAUGUAGCUGCACGUGGUCUUGAUAUACCGUCAAUACGAACGGUAGUUAAUUAUGAUGUUGCACGUGAUAUUGAUACACAUACUCAUCGAAUUGGUCGAACAGGACGUGCUGGUGAAAAAGGAACAGCAUAUACAUUAUUAACACAAGCAGAUAAAGAAUUUGCACCAAAUCUUGUAAGAAAUUUAGAAAAUGCUAAUCAAGCCGUUCCACAAGAGUUACUUAAUAUGGCUAUGCAAAAUAGUCAUUUUGCUAAUAGUCGAUCUCGAUAUGGUGGCGGUGGUGGAAGACAUUUUGCUCUUGGAAAUCGUGUACAACGAGAACGACCAGGUUUUGGUUCGCAUAGUGGACCAUCUUCAUCAACAGCGAAAACAAUUGUUGAUUCAUCGAAUCCUUUUGAUUACGAUGGACCAUCGACAAAAAAAACAACUACAGUAGGCCCAAUGACAGAUUGGCGUGGAGGUUCUACUGCAUCAUCUGGUGCGGCUGGUACUAAUCGAACAUCAGCUAUGAAAGCAGCAUUUCAAUCGCAAUUUAAAUCGAGCUUUGUUGCAGCAACAGAUACUAGUCUUAAAAGUCAUUCAGUAGCUGUACCUAGUUCAGUAACACAAAAACGUACAGGACAAACAAGUAAAACUGAUUCAACAUCAACAACAAAACGAAGUCGAUUUAGUGACUAA